CAAACAACCAAAAUCAUUAUCAUAUUUACUUUCAUUAACCUUAAACCAAACAAGGAAGGAAGGGACAAGAACCAUAGUAGACCAACUCCUGUUUCUAAAUUUUCUCAAUUGAUAAUCUCUCUGGCCCAAAAUUGGCCACUUGUUCCACAUAGACUCAAACUUGAGCAACAAAUUCAACUUCUUUCUUUCUUAUAGCUACCUUUUUGUCUCUAUGUUGAAAUCUCCGCAUAAGUAAGCUGAAUAUAAAGUUUGAAAAUUUCCAAGGAAUCUUCUUGCAAGGUUCAAGUUUCCAAAUCUGGGUCUUGCUCAUUUGUCCUCGUCUGCCUGAGUUGCGAAUUCUUUGUUCCUCUCAGGGUCUUCAAUUUUCUGGGGUUCUAAUGGUUUGAGGCUUUUGAGAAGAUAGUUAUGGAGGUUGGGUGAAAUGGGUGGUGGAGGGUGGUUUUGGAAAUGGGUUCCCCCUUUUAAUGAAUGCAUUGUUAGUACACUGUUAUCACUUGUAGCUUCAUGAUUGUUAGGUUAGGGUUCCUAGUAGCUGCUUCAAUUGCAGCCUUUAAAAUUCAGCAGCUGAAUUUGAAUAACUCCAAAUCAGAACAUGGCCAAGCAAGGAUUAGAGAACAUCAAAAAGGGGGCACGGAACAUGAACAGACAACUUGUUCUACUAAUGGUCUUGACCGGAACAAUAGGAAGGAGGAGGAGGAGCAAGAAGAGGAGGUUAAGUUAAUUAGCAAUAUAAUCAAUCAGCAUAAUGAUUUUGAAGAUGAUAUUCUACCUGAAUUUGAACGCUUUCUAUCCGGGGAGGUUGAGUUUGACGAGAUUGAUAAAGCGAAGAAAGACCGGGUUCAUGAAAAUGAAAAGGCAAACGAUGCUAGUGAAUUGGAAAGGAUGAGGAAUUUAGUCAUGGAAUUGGAGGAGAGGGAAGUGAAACUUGAAGGCGAAUUGCUUGAGUACUAUGGUUUGAAGGAGCAGGAAUCAAACAUUGUAGAUUUACAAAGGCAGUUACAAAAUAAGAUGGUGGAAAUAGAUAUGCUUAAUGUAACCAUUGAUUCCUUGUUGGAAGAGAGGAAGAAGCUACAAGAAGAGCUCGCAGACCGAGCUUCAGCCAGGGACGAGCUUGAGGUGGCUAGAAGCAAGAUCAAGGAGUUGAAAAGGCAGAUACAGGUUGAGGCUAACCAGACAAAAGGCCAGCUAUUGUUGCUUAAACAACAAGUUUCUGGUCUACAAGCGAAAGAAGAAGAGGCUGUUAAGAAUGAUGCUGAGAUUCAAAGGAAAUUGAAGGCUGCAAAUGAUUUGGAGGUUGAAGUUGCGGAGCUUAAGAGAGAAAACAUAGAACUUCAACAUGAGAAGCGAGAACUAACCGUUAAACUAAAUGCUGCUGAAUCUAGAAUUACAGAAAUAUCCAAUAUUACAGAGAAUGAAAUGGUAGCGAAGGCAAAAGAGGAGGUCAGUAGACUGACACAUGCGAAGGAAGAUCUGCAAAAGCAAGUCGAAGGACUACAGAUGAAUAGGUUCAGUGAAGUUGAAGAACUUGUAUACCUCCGUUGGGUCAAUGCAUGCUUGAGAUAUGAACUCAGGAAUCACCCUCCGCCUCUAGGAAAAUUAUCCGCCCGUGAUCUAAACCAGAGUCUUAGCCCAAAAUCACAAGAGAAGGCUAAGAAGCUACUGUUAGAAUAUGCCGGAUCAGAACGUGGCCAAGUUGACACAGAUUUCGAUAGCACCUUUUCCCAUUCCUCUUCACCUGGAAGUGAAGAUCUUGACAAUACCUCUAUUGAGAGCUCUACUAGCAGCAGACACAGUAGUCUUAACAAGAAGCCUAGCUUAAUCCAAAAGUUGAAAAAAUGGGGUAAAAGCAAAGAUGAUUCAAGUACUCUUAUAUCACCGGCCAGAUCUUUCUCAGGAGGCUCUCCAGGAAGGAGGAGUGCGAGUGAUAGGCCUAGGGGUACAUUGGAGUCGUUGAUGCUAAGAAAUGCUGGUGAUGAUGUAGCCAUCACUACCUUCGGGCAGAAGGAUCAGGAGCCUACUGUUAUUCAUGAGGAUGUUUCAUCCAGUGACUCCUUAAAUUCGGUUUCAGCCUCAUUCCAAUUGAUGUCUAAAUCGGUUGAGGGUUCACUGGACGAAAGAUAUCCUGCAUAUAAAGAUCGCCACAAAUUGGCCUUAGCAAGGGAGAAAGAAAUCAGGGAAAAGGCUGAAAAAGCAAGAAUAAAGAAGUUCAGUGAUGACUCAAAUAUGAACAUAACCAAGGCUGGAGGCCAAGGGCUUAUAUCUUUGCCACCAAAACUUACACAAAUAAAGGGGAAGACAUAUGUCCCUGGUAAUCCAAAUGAUCUCUCUGAGAAUGGUAGGGAUGUUGACAAUCAAAACAUUAGCAAGAUGAAACUUGGACAGAUUGAGAAAAGGCCUCCUAGGGUGCCUCGUCCGCCUCCUAAAUCAUCCGAUGGUGCUCCUGUUAGAGCUAAUGCAAAUCCAUCUAAUGAAGUACCCCAUGGUCCCCCUUUACCUCCUCCUCCCCCAGGAAGCCUGCCGAAAGGUGCAAUGGAUGGUGACAAAGUUCACCGGGCUCCCGAGCUAGUAGAAUUUUAUCAGACAUUGAUGAAACGGGAGGCAAAGAAGGAUACCUCAUCUUUAGUUUUGUCAACAACUAAUGCAUCCGAUGCAAGGAGCAACAUGAUUGGGGAAAUUGAGAAUAGAUCAUCAUUCCUGUUAGCUGUGAAAGCUGAUGUAGAAACACAAGGAGAUUUUGUGAUGUUCUUGGCAACUGAAGUUCGAGCUGCCUCAUUCUCUAAGAUUGAAGAUCUUGUGGCCUUCGUGAAUUGGCUUGAUGAGGAGCUUUCCUUCCUGAGAUGCACUGAGAGAGGCUGCUUUUGAAUAUCAGGAUCUCACGAAAUUGGAGAAGCGAGUCUCCACCUUCACUAAUGAUCCUGAACUUCCAUGUGAAGCUGCUUUGAAGAAAAUGUAUUCAUUGCUUGAAAAAGUGGAGCAAAGCGUGUAUGCACUCUUGCGGACAAGAGAGAUGGCAAUUUCACGAUACAGGGAAUUCGGAAUCCCAGUAAAUUGGCUAUUAGAUUCAGGUGUUGUUGGCAAGAUCAAGCUUUCCUCUGUGCAACUUGCCAAGAAGUACAUGAAAUGCGUAGCAUCUGAACUCGAUACGUUAUCCGGCCCUGAGAAGGAACCAACAAGAGAGUUUUUGAUUCUGCAAGGCGUACGAUUUGCUUUCCGCGUACAUCAGUUUGCAGGAGGCUUUGAUGCAGAAAGCAUGAAGGUUUUUGAAGAACUAAGGAGCCACAUUCGUUCCCAAGCAGGCACAGAAAAAUAAGCAUAGGGUGAUCAUAUUCGUAUACAACAGAAACAAUUUUCUUGAUUUCUUAACACUAACCGUUGCGUUUAGGAUAAAAUUAGAGAUAAUCUCAGUUGUUAAAACUGUACAUUCAUUUUUCUUGAGAUUUGUUAUAUAAUUAACACAUAGUGUUACCUUGUUUUUAUAAAAUUUAUUAUGUAGUUACCUUUCCGACUUUCCGAAAGGCAUUACAAAUCAAGCAUAUCAUAUGUAAUACCUCUUAAUUUCACUGAAAA